GUAAAUUCGUAGCUGUGUUCAGUGUGCAUUCUUGUGUGGACGAAGGUUAUGGUCGUUAUGGUAUUGUGCUUACACCGCUUUGAUAUUAUAACUUCGUAUUUGCGUGGUAUCCGAAAUUGAAGACGCUGUUAAAGCUGAACCAAGUAUGCAGGUGUUUAUGUGCAGGCAAUAAGCAUGUCUUAUAUUAAGUUUGAAAGCUCAAGAGUGAAAGAAGCCGAAAGGAGAGAGAAGAGACGAGCAAGGGAAGCCAUUUUGAAAAAGGCUGAAGCAGAUUACAUCCGGAAAAAAGAAAAAGAUGAGAGAGCCCGACUCAGGGGUGAUGAUAAGUGGAUACUUCCAUCUCUGGAAGCAAGAAUAAAGGCAGAAACAAACAAAGAAAAGAAAAAGAAACACAAGAAGAAAAAGAAAAAGUCUAAAAGGAAGAAAUCUUCUAGCUCAUUUUCAGACACAGCCAAUGAAAGUGAAGAGGAGGAUGAAUGGGUUGAGAAGGUUAUUGGCACUUCUGAACCUGUUGCUGACAAGACAUGUGAAACAGUGACUGCAGGGAAAAGUCACUUAGGACCAAGUCAGGUUGAAAAUGGGCCAAAAAGUGUUGUUUCACAGGAGAAACAAGAGAAAAGUCAAGUUUCGUCAGUGAGAGAUGAAUGGAUGACUCUACCAGGCUUGUUUCCAUGUUUGUCACGUGAACAGCUAAGAGAGCAGUCACGUCACUCGCAUAAGACAGAGGAACAGCAGCAGAAAGACAGAUGCAUACUGGAUAGAUUAGGACAAAGUGAUCGUGAGCUGAAUCCUUACUGGAGAGAUGGAGGAACAGGUUUACCUCCAGAGAGGAAAGAUGCUGAGCAAGUUUCUAAGGAGGCUCGAACGCUGCCUGUAAAAUCUGCAGGUCACCAAGGUGUUGACUGGCUGCAUCAAACUUUGGAACACAGUAAGGAGCAAACAGCUAAGGAAGGCAGAAGUGUAGGAGAAAUAGCAAUGGAACAGAAGGGGACUUUAGAAAAACUGAAUAGAAUGCUAGGAGAAGCAGAGAAAAGGAGCAGGGCCCCUGGUAGUGGAAAGGAAUAUGAGAGGAAUGAACAGGGAAAUGGAAGAAGUGGGUGGAGGAAGGACAGGUGUGAUACAGAGAGAACAAGAAGUAUUGUAGAUGGAUUGAAUGCAAAAUCAUCUGAUGAUCAGAAGCAUUCACAUAGGAAUAAACAUGGUAGAAGUCACACGGCUUAUAGAUCUUUCCAGAGACCAAGAACUGAUGAAGAUUUUCAACAUAGACAACAUGAUAAGCAAGAUGGUCAUUCAUUAGGCAGAAGUCUAUAUUCUGAAAAGUCUGAGACUUUUCAGAAACCCAAAGAUGAAGUUGAUGUGUCUGGAAGAGAAAGUCCUUUGAGGCAAGAUGUUUCCAGACAAGAAGUGGACGGUGUAUCAACACUUAGCAGUUGCAGAAGUCCUGUGGUGUCUGAGAACUGGAGGAGAAAAGUAUCUGAUAAUGUUGUAUCUUCAAGUAAUCUGAAAUCAAGUACCUGUAAAGAAACAAAUGCUUGUAUGAAAACGCUGUCAUCAUCUUCAGAAUCAGAGGAUGAGGGAAAGAAAACUUCAGAAGUUCCACUCGUCCUUACAGACAAGGAAAUGAAUGAUCUUGGAGCUAAACUUAUUAAAGCAGAAAUUCUUGGAAAUGAGACUUUAGCAAAGGAACUGAAGAAGAAACUGGAUGCAGCUCGUACAGCUCUUGCCACAAAACACAGAGAAAUGAAGAAUACAGUAGCAGCAGCAGAAGAAGAAGAAGAAACUGUAAUUCUGACCAGGACAGACUCCCGGGGCUUUGUGCGCCCAAUUCAACAGUUUGAUCAACAUGUAAAGCCAGUAGGUGGCAGGAGAAGAAAGCAGAAGAUGGAGACGCAUGCUGAGGGCAAGCGAGUCCGGUACUAUGCAGAUGAUGAUAAAUAUUCCUUGCGAGAUUUGUUUGAACGUGAGAAACUGAGUACUGUAGAAGACGAGAAUGUGAUGUUCUCCAAACUUGCCGCCAAGGGGGCUGGUCCCAAUGAUCAUAAAUAUGAUAUGGAUGAUUUGUUUGAAGAACAAGCCCAGUUGAAGGUGUGUGAUGGCAAGGUGAAGUCCAGGGAACGUGGUCAAGCUAUCAGGGAACACAAAAUGAUUGAAAAUUGUUGUUGGUGUUUUGAAAGCAAAAAAAUGUUGAAACACCUUGUUGUAGCUAUUGGAAGCAAGGUGUACCUAUGUGUACCACCGUACCAGUCCCUCACGGUGGGUCAUUGCCUUGUUGUGCCCAUGUACCACACACCAUGUGCCACACAGUUGGAUGAGGACGUGUGGAGUGAAAUACAGACCUUCAGGAAGACCCUCACAUCCAUGUUUCGGGAACAGUUGAAUUUAGAUGUGGUUUUCUUUGAGACUGCAAUGUAUCUGCAGAAAUUUCCACACAUGAUGAUGGAAUGUGUAACCUUACCUCAGGAGACAGGUCAUUUGGCUCCAAUUUACUUCAAGAAAGCAAUUCUGGAGUGUGAGACAGAAUGGACAACAAAUAAGAAACUGGUGGAUUUAAGUGGGAAGGAUGUUCGCCGAGCUGUACCAAAAGGACUGCCUUACUUUGCUGUUGAUUUUGGACUUGAUUCUGGUUUUGCUCAUGUCAUAGAGGAUGAGAAGAUGUUUCCCAAAAAUUUUGCCCAGGAAAUAAUUGGUGGUAUGCUGGAUUUGGAUCAUAGUUUGUGGCGUAAGCAACGGCGGGAGGAGUUUGAUUCACAGCGCAAGAAAGCUUUGCAGUUUGCAGAAUGGUGGAAAAUGUAUGACUUCACUAUUAGGAAAGAAAAGGAUUCCUUGGCCUCUGAACAUAUUGAAGCCUGAAUGUAAACUUGAAGUAUCAAGUAGAUUCUAAAGGGUUCUGACAAUGCUGUAUAACACACAUGAUUACUGGGUUUUUGGAAUUUUUCCAUCAUCCGGUAUUCUAAAAACUAGAAAACACGACAUUUCAGAAACUGGAUCCAGCCCUUGAAAAUUCAAUACUAUUGGCGGGCAACAUAGCCACCGUGAUGUCAUGAAAGCAUCACUGCUGCCACCAGUGCCGAGAGCACAGUCGGUAGGAGGGUAUGUUAUCAUACCACCAGCCUUUGUGUACUGCUCCCUCCCAAAGAAUCACUAGUUCAUUUGAAGAGCUACAAAUAAUUUGCAACCCUGGCUUCUUGUACUGAAGAGGUUCUUACUCCAUUAUGUGUUUUUUUUGUUUUCAAACUGAGUUUAAUGUCACUUCACUCAAAAACCAUCUGGAGGAGCAUGAGUUACGUGAUAUCAAACUCAGUUCGAAAACAGAAAA